UGCCGGGCACCAGGGCUGGGACGCCGGAGCAAACAUGAAUGUUGGAGUUGCCCACAGUGAAGUGAAUCCGAACACCCAUGUACUGAAUAGCCGAGGGAUGUGGCUGACAUAUGCCCUGGGAGUUGGCUUGCUUCAUAUUGUCUUACUAAGUAUUCCCUUCUUCAGUGUUCCUGUUGCUUGGACCUUAACAAAUGUUAUACACAAUCUGGGGAUGUAUGUAUUUUUUCAUGCAGUAAAUGCACCUUUUGAAACUCCUGACCAGGGUAAAGCAAGGCUCCUAAAUCAUUGGGAACAGUUGGACUAUGGCGUACAGUUCACUUCUUCACGGAAGUUUUUCACAAUCUCUCCAAUAAUACUAUACUUUCUGGCAAGUUUCUAUACAAAAUAUAAUUCAACUCACUUCAUCCUAAAUAUCGCUUCUCUUCUGAGUGUGCUAAUUCCCAAAAUGCCACAACUACACGGUGUUUGGAUCUUUGGAAUUAAUAAGUAUUGAAAUGUUCUAAAAAUGAACAAAAAUGUUUUUUCAGCUACUGAGUUUCCUAUAAGGAAAAGGCAGAUAGUAAACGUCACUCUCUGAUAAUGUGAAUAUAAGAGAUAUUUACAUGUGAGGGCCAAUGAUUGGUUCUUCAUUUGCUUUUGAAGUACAGAUUGUACUAAAAAGUACCUCUGUUUAAUGCUUCCGCUCUAUUUCUCAAGAGAAGCUCUUUAGGUAAACUGGGCGGGCCCAGCUUAUACAUGAAAUGGCUAUAAGAGGUGG